AUGUUUUUAGACGUAACGAUCGACUUCCAUCGUGGCUUUCCAAGGAUCACGGUUCCUCUUCCAUCGAGGAAAGAGAAGUGUAUGUUCACCCUCAGGCCAAUCACAAACACAGUCGGAGAUUUUCUUCAUAUGUUGAAAGCAGAAGAUCGUGGUAUAGACAGAGCAUGUAUUACGACAUUAGAGGGAACUAGAAUAUGCAGCAACAAUACAAUAGAAUCCCUUCUUGAUUCUGACUUUAGGUUGGUUAUCAACGAUGUAACUUACGAUGUUUCACCGCCAAAUCAAGACAGGUAUGCGAUGGAAGCUGUUGAGAAGCUAUCUGACGUCCAGGUCACGGUUGCUCAGCUCUAUGAAACUUUUCAAUGUUCCGAACACAAUUCUAUUCUGGAGAGAGAAGUCAUUGCUGAGUUGGAGCAGGUGAUGGUGGAGUUAGAACCAUUAGAACUGAAAAAACAAGAACUUGAAAUUGCUGCCGAAAGACGAGCCAAUUUUCACUCAUGGAUAGGUCUUGUCGCCAUGGCCAUUCAGUUUGGAGUCCUUGCGAGGUUGACCUGGUGGGAGUAUUCGUGGGAUAUCAUGGAACCUGUGACCUACUUUGUCACAUAUGCAACGGGCAUGCUCUGUUAUAUCUAUUUCAUCGUAACAAGACAGGAGUAUAUGCUACCAGAUGUAAUGAAUAGAAGAUACUUAAUAGCUCUUCAUAAACGUGCAAAAAAAGUUGGACUGGAUUUAACCAAAUAUAAUGAAUUGAAAGAUCGUGCUUAUGAGUUAGAAACAACAUUAAAAAUUAUUCGAGGUCCACUUUGGAAUCAUAAGAACAAAGUUCAACAGAAAUUACGUGAACGACAACAGAGGUCAUCGAGUAGUUCAAGUUCAGAAUCGAAUUCUCGUUCACCCAGUCCUUCAAUUAAUACUCGUUCGGAUUUCCAACAACCAGAACCAAAACCACAGUCGUGA